AUGGCUGACGACAAGAAACAAAGACUGGUGUACUCGGUUAUCGAGUUCCUCAACGACUCUAUUGCAGAUGGAACUGUCAAGGAGGACGACAAGGAAGGGUUGGAGGUUGCCAUUCAAUGUAUCGGUGAAGCAUUUGGCGUAGACCCAGAGAGCGAAGAACAAGCUGCUAAACUCACCAUCAAACCUGCGAAAUUGCUGAACAUCUUCGAUGUCUUUUUGAAGACGAGGGAACGGACACAAGCCCCUUCUUCUGCAGCCCAGGACUCUUCUGCCGCGUCGUCUUCUUCCACUGGCCCUAAAGGACCCUCGGAGGCUGAUAAAGCUGAAGCUGAGAAACUCAAACAGAAGGGAAAUGGUCUGAUGUCGAGCAAGAAGCGAUUGACCUCGACCCCACCAACCCUGUCUUCUACCAACCCUGUCUUCUACUCCAAUCGUGCCGCGGCCCAUGCGAGCAAGGGUGAUCAUUUAUCUGCGAUUGGAGAUGCUGAACAGGCUAUUUCCAUCGAUCCCAAGUUUGUCAAGGCUUAUUCUCGACUGGGCCAUGCGCAGUUCAGCAUCGGCGACUACUCCGCAGCAGUUGAUGCCUUCGAGCGAGGUCUUAAACUCGAUCCUACCAACGCUCAUUUGAAGAGCAGUUUGGAAAGCGCCAAAGGUCGCUUGGCCUCUGAGGGGGGCGCUUCUCGAAGCCCUGCUGCUAGUCCCACCACAGGAACUCGCGGGGCUGGAGGAGGAGGCACGCCAAACCUUAAUGAUCUACUAGGAAGCCUCGGAGGUGGAGCAGGUGGUGGCGGUGGUGGAAUGCCCGAUCUCUCUAGCCUCCUCAGCAACCCCGCCAUCAUGCAAAUGGCCAGCCAAUUGGCACAGAACGGCGGGUUGGAUCAACUCAUGCAGAGUCCCGAUAUUGCUAACCUGGCAAACCGCUUCCGCAGUGGCAACAUGCCAUCCAUGGAGGAGAUGAUGAACAAUCCAGCACUCCGAAACCUUGCACAACAAUAUGGAGGAGGAGCUGGGCUCUAA